AGAAGCCAAGAGGCAGCCACAGGGCGAGGACCCUUGUCACUGGCGGGCGACUUAUAUCUUUAAACCUAUGCGGCUUUGUCACCCUUUUAACAUCGUGAAUCAUCAGUGGAAGGGAAGAAACAUCGAGUGCAGAAAACCUGAUUCCCGAUACCACCACCAAGAAGGAAAAACACCCGAGUGACGAGUGACAAGUAGUGCCCUUUAGGGGAAUCUUUUACUGGGAGGUUUCUGAUUGGCCGAGUCGAAGUGGGCUAGAGGUGUUAGCUUUGACCGGAGAACAUGAGUGAGCUCGAGCAGUUGCGCCAAGAGGCAGAACAGUUGCGGAGCCAGAUACGGGAUGCCAGGAAAGCAUGUGGGGACUCCACACUGACCCAGAUUACAGCGGCCCUCGAUCCAGUCGGGAGAAUUCAGAUGCGUACGAGGCGCACGCUAAGGGGUCACUUGGCUAAGAUCUAUGCUAUGCAUUGGGGAACCGACUCCAGACUGUUAGUCAGUGCAUCACAGGACGGAAAGUUAAUCAUCUGGGACAGCUACACCACAAACAAGGUUCAUGCCAUUCCACUGCGGUCAUCCUGGGUUAUGACCUGUGCCUACGCCCCGUCUGGUAACUAUGUGGCCUGUGGUGGCCUGGACAACAUUUGCUCGAUCUACAGCCUGAAGACCCGCGAAGGGAACGUGCGAGUGAGCAGGGAGUUGCCGGGACACACAGGUUACCUGUCUUGUUGCCGCUUUCUCGAUGAUAACCAGAUUGUGACAAGCUCUGGUGAUACAACCUGUGCCCUGUGGGAUAUUGAAACUGGACAGCAGACGACCACAUUCACGGGCCACAGUGGAGAUGUCAUGAGCCUCUCCCUCUCACCCGACUUCAAGACUUUUGUGUCAGGAGCCUGUGACGCGUCAGUCAAGCUGUGGGACGUGCGCGACAGCAUGUGCCGGCAGACUUUCACCGGCCACGAGUCUGACAUCAACGCUGUUUGUUUCUUCCCUAAUGGGAACGCCUUUGCCACGGGAUCGGACGAUGCCACCUGCCGAUUGUUUGACCUGCGGGCAGACCAGGAACUGAUGAUGUAUUCGCACGACAAUAUAAUCUGUGGGAUCACAUCGGUGGCAUUCUCCAAGAGUGGCCGCCUCCUGCUGGCUGGCUACGACGACUUCAAUUGCAACAUCUGGGACUCGAUGAAGGGCGACCGUGCUGGAGUCUUGGCCGGUCACGACAACAGGGUCAGCUGCCUGGGAGUGACAGACGAUGGAAUGGCUGUGGCAACGGGGUCUUGGGACAGUUUCCUCAAAAUCUGGAACUAACCGUAACGUGAAGUGGGUGUCACCGAUGCAAAAGAGAGAAGAGAUUUCUAAAAAAAAAAGCCUGAUUAUUUAGAUUCUGAAAACUGUAUGCCCUCCCUCCCUCCCUUCCUGCCCUCCCACCUUCCCUCCUUUCCACCCUUCCCCCUCAAGAAGAAUCUACAGGGCAUGGGAGGCGAGGAAGAUGUGCCUGUGACAAAUGGAUCUUACCCCCCCAUCUGGUCCCUCCCCCCCAAAAAAAAUAGAGGCGGGAGAGAGGAAAAAGUACCCCCGUAACAAAAAAAAAGGAAUCCCACAGAUGUGAUCUAUUGAGGGUGAAAUUUUAUUUGUUACAGUAACAAAGCAAAAGGCUUGAAAAGAAAAUGGUUUGCACAAGGCUUUUUGUGGAGGUAGAAAUCAUAAGUGAAUGGAAAGACUGCAAUCGAUUUUUUUUUUUAAAAAAAGAGGAAAAACUUAAAUUGACCCAGAAUUCUCGUGAGCUGCUGGUGUCAGUCUAAGCUUUUGUCUCCAGAAUUUGUGUUGUUUGUGUUCCUGGCUCUAGUUUUGUUCAGGUUUUGCGUGUGAGUGAGCGAGAGUGAGAGUGUGUUCCUUUCAAAAAACCGAUUGAGUGACUGAUGUCUCCUUUGACCACUUCUACUCUUUGUCCUCUUCUACCCCCCCAUCCUCCCAAAAAUACCAGUACCCUGCCUCUCAAGUGAGUGAGAUGUGUGAAAUCUUUACCAAAAUAAAUGGCCCACGUGCAGCAAAGGACCACAGCUAUGGGUCAGUGCUGGGUGAGGAUGACGCUCGUGCUGUUGUUGUCUGUAUUUUCCUCUCCCCACCCUAUCCCUGAGUCUCACUCACCUUCACUUUCAACUUGUGUUCCCACCCCACCUCUGGCUUUUUCUUCUUCCCUUUAAUAUCAGCCAAAUCCUGACUUAUGUUUCCGCCUAAUAACUCGCUCCCACUGUGCAAGCAUCUGAGGUCUGUGCAUAGCAACAGCCUCUGAAGCCAGAAUUCAGUGCGUUGGGAUGUUGAUUGUUGUGUGUGGAACCCUUGAAGUCGUGCAGUUUGGAGGCAGCACUAGUCCUGAUCGGUCCUUGCCUUGCUAUAUCUGUGUCAUCUCUUCAUCACCCACUGAGGUGAAGCCCUUUCUGCCAUUAUCCAUCAGUGCAUUGUGGGUAACGAGACAUUUCUGACCAUUAUGGCUCCUUAUGAGCCUACCUAUGAUGACCAUAUAGUCCAAAGGAUUUUCAGGGAGAAACUCUCAGUUCUUUUUCUGGUAAUGGGCAGUUGGCGAGGGCUAGGGCAGGGACCUCUGUGAUGGUAUUGGUCUUGCCUGGCCUGGUACCUGUCUCUUACUUUUGCUACUUCAGUUGUGAGACCGUUGAAAGAGGCCAACACAGUGAUGAAGAGGCUGACAUUAGCAUUACCCUAUGCCCUUGGAAUCAGAUGUGACUCGAGCUGAUACAACAGGGUAUUUAUUUUUCUGGGGGGGAAUGGUGCUCUAUCUGUUCCCUGUACAAAGUAAACCGGCCAUCAAAAAAAAAGGUCCUGCACUGGUGCCAACCCCACACAACCUCUCUUCCCCAAAAUAAAAGUCACUGUAGUCACUCCCUCCAUUCCAUUAUAUUUUCCGAUGUUGGUAAAAAGCUGUUGUCUCUUAAAGAACGUUUUUUGUUGUUUGCAAACGAUUGGAAGGGGAGCGAUGCUACCUGGACUGUUGGUGAUUGUGGGCAGUCGUCGUUUCCUGCUGUUCAUGUCCGGACCAUCUUUAACUUGCCAUAAGGCAAGGGAGGAAACAUCUCGGGAGGUAUUUAGUUAACGUGCGCAGUGGUUACAAUAAUCUGCUGUCUCUGUUUUCCCCCCAUUUCCCCCCCUCCCAAAUAGCUGUGAAGUUGCCAUUUGUCUCUGUUGGGGGGGGGGGAGCACAACUGCCACCUGCCCUGUUCCCAAGUCUGUGUGUAUGUGCGUGUGUGUGUGGCGCAGCGUUUAUAAAGUUGGUAUACACUCCACACCUUCCUUCCCGGUGCUUGUGAACUGUGGUGAAUUGCAGCAGGACAGUUACUCACCGAAACCAGCUGACAUGCUUCUCGUACCCAGAAUGUCAUGGCCCCAGACCUUUUCAGGUAGAUGUGAUGCUGAGAUAAGAGUCUUUUGAAAGCCUGUAAAUCUGUCAAGUAUUAAAGGAGUAUUGAAGUACAAGAGGGGCUUUUAGUGCAAUUUGUUCCACAGUAAUUUUGCUUUGGUAUCUCACUGGUCAAUCAGAUGUCUGCUUGAAUGCCAGUAUUGAUUCCCUUGCCUUUCUGACUGCUCCUGGUCACGCACUGAGCAAAGCGUGGUGCUAUUCCAGUUAACAGACACUGUGUGUUAUUUCUUUGGUGAUGAGGCGAGGAGAGUUUGAAGCAGGGAUGUAAUCCCAGAAUAAGAGCCAAGCAGAGGUGUUUCUUUUGCCCUCGGUUGUGAAUCUUUGGAAUUCUCUAUCGCAGAGGGCGGUGUAGCCACUCAUUGAGUGUAUUCAAGACAGAGAUUUAAUGCAAGGGAUAAUGUGGGAAAGUGACUUCAGUGUUGAAGAUCUGUCAUGAUCCAUGGACCAAGGGCUGAAUGACCAUAGCCUAUUUCCUAUAUUCUCGUGCUCUUAAGUAAAAGCUCACCUGUUCUUCUAUCAGUCAAGAACAUUUAAGCAAACUGAGCCUCCUCAGAACGGAGGCCGGGGAAUGACUGAGCAAAGGUCUUUAAAAUGCUGGAAAGAUUAAGAUCGAGUGGAUCCAGUCGAAUAAUUCUGCCCUUUCCACAAGGAAACAAAGACCUUUGGAUAAAAGGCAAGAAAUUCUAUUGAGUAUUCAGGAGAAACGCCCCUUUCUAAAGAGUGGUGAGACCGGUGUUUGAGUUGUGAAUGCAUUUUAAGGGGUGAUGUGAGGGAUAGAGAGAGAUUUGUGCUGAUUGUUCAGUUUGGAAGGAUGGGAGGAACAAAGUCGAAAACCAGAGGCUGGUUUGGGUCAAACGCCCUGUUUCUCUGCUGUGCAACUGUUCCCCUUCGUCAGCUCCUCAAGUGGUUAAUUCGGUAGGCUUCCUGCUUGUACUGAUCAUCCCGAGAGAGCACAAGGGAAAGCUGGGUGAGUGCACUGUUCUCUGUGAUCGCUGGUGACAGAUUCUCAACUUGUUGAGUUUCCAGAGGGCCUGCUCAUUGUUUGGAAGAUCCAACCUGCUUGAGGAACCUUCAUUAUUAUUCCUUCUUCAAACUUCCCUUUUGUAAAAAUUAGGAGUUGACAAACUGCGUCAUUGAGAGAUCUUUCUGUUGCCUGUCAGGAGGAUACAAGUCAUGUUUGAUUUCUUCCCCUUAAUCGGGAAAUACUGCCAAUGUGUUAUGUUUGAAGGGGGGGGGUCUUGGUGAAAACUGCACCCAGACGCUGCUGAAUCUGCAUCUUAUCUGUUUUUCCCUAUUUAAAUUUGACUUUUUGAGAGCCCUUGCUCUCCCAUCCUUGCCCAGCCAAAAUUUAUCUCUCAAACCAACUUCACAAGAAAACAAAAUCUGGCCGGUGUCACGUUGCUGUCGAGGGGACCUUGUUGUACUCGAAUCCAAUGCCACAUCUCCGACAAUGCAUAAGUACUGGACUGGCUAUAAAAAGCCCCCCCCUCCCCCCGGUCCAUCUGAGAAAGACACUGCCAUCUGUUUCCAUCAGGUGACCCGUUUUCUCCUGCUCACCUGAUGGUCUGCAUAUCAAUUGUGUAAGAGUGCCUUACCGUUCUCUUGAAAGUAUAAUUUUUUCUUUGAAGGUUCCACCUCUGGUGAGAAUCCUAUAAAGCACGGUUGCUGUAAUUAGCCUACCGAAUCUAUGAACGUUUCUGCUGUCUUUCCAAGCGAAUCCAUUUUGUUCGCUAUGUUGUCGGGCGAAUUUACUCAUCGUUCAACAGAUCCCCUCCUCGCAUUCACGAACUGUGGCCUAUCUUGAGAGGUGGGGCCUGUGAUUUGCGAGUAUUAUACUUCAUGUGAUGUUGCCCUUUGCCAGAACUCAUGUUCGUUCUUCCUCGGUCUCUCCUGCCCACCAUCACAGCACCCUGCUUUGAUUGGGCAAGGAAUCUGUCUAAAGAGAGGCCACCCCACCUUGUCGGCCAAAGUUAGUAGACUGCAUGCUCGGCCUGUUGCCUACAGACUGCGGUAGGCAUUUGGUGGGUUUACUGAAUGCCAACCACCUCUCUCUCUUCCUCCCCUUACCCUCCCUUUCAUUCUGAGUCCAGCCCAUUUGCAUGGUUGGUGAGGAAGAUGUUGCAAUGACUCGAUGCUGUGUACUGUAGCUGACAGAGUGAUGGUAACAUUGGCUGAAUUGCUAAAUUGUCAAGGAUCUAAUGCAUAAAAUGCACAGUUGAUAUUGUGGUGCAUCACUUGUUGAAUAUUGAGAUAAAUUAGUUAGUUUAAUAAGCCUGGCCUUGACAACAGAUUUGGCAUAAAUGAUCCACUCAGAUCUGUUUGAUAAUGAGCGAGAGAGGUCCCAACUCCUGUUCCUCACCUAGAAUCUUAAAAGUAAUCGAACGGAAGGUUGGGUCAAGGGAAUCUUCUGGGUUUAAUGUCCCAGUGAAAAUUUGAUUUCACCUCCCAGUGUGAACACUUUGCUAACUGUUACGUUCACUGGACUAAACACUGGAGACUGAGGGGCAGGGCUUGAUAAUCUACUGCAGGGUGGAGUGUGUGUGGGACAAGGAUAGUUUGAGGGAGCCAGUGAUGUUUUAACUCUUUGAGGGGAGCUGAGGAUGAGUAACUAGGUCAGCAUUUAGUACCCAUCUUGAGUUGCUGAAAUCCAUAUGGUGCUAGUACAGUGCUGUUAGGGAAUUCCAAUAUUUUGAUCCCGCGAUUGUAAAGAAACAGCAAGAUAUUUCCAAAUAAGGAUUGUGUGUUGCCCGGAAGGGAACUUGCAGGAGCUAGUGUUUCCAUGUAUCUGCUCCCAUUGAACUUGGAGAUAGUAAAGGUCAUGGGUUUGUACAAUGCUUUCACAAACCUCAAUGAGUUGUUGCAAUGCAUCUUGUAGACAGUGUUGCCCUUGAGUGCCAGUGGUGGAGGGAAUGAAGGUUGGAGAUGGUGAAUGUGGUGCCAACAAGGCUGGAACUGCUUGGUCCUGGGUAAUGUCAAGCUUCCUGAGUGUUGGAGGUGCACAGAUCCAGGCAAGUGGAGAGUAUUCUCUCUCACUCCUGACUUGCGCCAUGUAGAUGGACAGGAUUUUGGGGAUUCGACGUUUCGGGCAUAAGCCCUCCUUCAGGAUCCAGGAUUCCUGAAGAAGGGCUUAUGCCCGCACCGUCGACUCUCCUGUUCCUUGGAUGCUGCCUGACCUGCUGCGCUUUUCCAGCGACACAUUUUCAGCUCUGAUCUCCAGCAUCUGCAGUCCUCACUUUCUCCUCCCAGGAUUUUGGGGAAUCUUGAGAUGAGGUGCUCGAUAAAGAAUUCCCAAUCUUUGACGUGCUCUUGUGGGCACUAUCACUAAAUGGCUUGUUCAUCAGUUCUGGUCAGUGACGGUGGUCAAGGUGGCGUUGGGGGAUUAAGGAAUGGGAUUAGCAUUGAAUUUUUAAUAGCCGUGAAAGAAGGGCAAAAUCAUAGAACUCCCUCAUGUGACAAGCCUGCAUUAUAAUAAAAAUUCUCCCUUUAAUAUAGGUGUUUGUUGAAGACCUGAAUAUAGUUUACAGUUCCCAUACAUUUCUGUCUUUCCAACCUCCUUCCACUUCGAGUAGGGAAAGCCCAGCACUUCCUCAGAAUUUUAAAAGCAUUUUUUUUUUAAAAGAUAACUCCUGCAGCACUCGUCAGCAUAACCCAAGCUCAUUACUGAGACAAGUCGCUUGUGUUAAAAAGGAAAAGAGGGAAGUGUUUUUCUUUUUUAAAAAAAAAGCCCGCUAUUGUAUGUUGCUGACUUUAACUUUGUAUAUAUUAUAUAUAGAAAAGAAAUAACGUGCGCAGUGUAACCACUGGGCUGCAGAAACAAAUGUUAGUGUUGUGUUGAAGGAUAACAAAACCUUUUUAAAAAAAAAAGAAAAAAAAAGUGUUUUUAGAGACUGUAUUUAUCUGUAGCUAAUCUUGUUGGUGGGUUUGCAUUGUGUGACUUCUUGGAGAAAACGUCAAUGAAUGAUUAAGUAUGUGUUCUGAUUUUCGAUAUUUUUGAGGAGGGAGGGGGUGAGAAUGUAAACUCCGUCCAAAUGGGCCAGUUUUUUUUUAAAUACAAUUUUUUUUUUAAAACCCCAAGCACUCCACCUUUAUCGAUUUUUGUUUUUUUCCUUGCAUUGAAUGGGGUUGCUCUCUCGACCACCCCGUUCCUUUACGGAGGCUGGUGAUGGUGCAGUAUAAAUAUAUAUAAAAUUAUAUAUACUUUUUUGGGUUAAUUUUGUUCUGGCACCAUUUCAGUAAAGGCAAAGUGAAGACAAAAAAAAAAUGUUUGAAUUUUUCACUUUUUCUCUGCUCUUUGAUUUGAAUAAAGCAAUGUUCUGUGUUCUGUA